CAUUGUAAGCUGUAUCGUUUUUGUGGUCAGCCUUCAACCAACAUGCAUAACUGGGCAAGAAUGUUCUGUAGAGGUUUAUUAUUUACAAGUUUACGGACCUGCUGUAAAGACUAUUUUGUAUGUUGCAAUGAUCAGGCUGCUAGGUUAACCUGCAUUAUUUGAAAUUUAUGGUGCUGUUGUUUCCUUUGUUACAGGUUCGUUUUAUGUCAGCACGUGCAUCCGUUGCCUUUAUUACAGAUCAAGUUGAAGAAGUCAAACAAAGGCAAUUUGCUGAUUUAGUCCCAGGUAUAGUACAGGCUGUUCGGGAAAGUGUUCAAGCAAAUGCUGAUGACUCCGUGUUAAAAUGUCUGAUAGACUUAGCCGACACUUGUCCCAAGCUUCUCAGGACAAAUUUGGAACAAAUUUUAGACUUGAUGUUGGAGAUUGUUCGUAACACAAGUCUUGUUGAAAGCUGGAGACAUUUAUCUUUAGAGUGUGUGGUGACACUAGCUGAGACAGCACCAGCCAUGCUGAGGAAAUGUCAGAAAUACAUCCCGGUAAUAGUUCCUGAGAUGCUGGCAAUGAUGGUUGACUUGGAAGAUGAUCCAGAGUGGAGUAUCUCUGAUGAACUUGAUGAUGAAGACUCUGAGAGUAACUCUGUAGCAGGGGAAAGCUCCCUUGAUAGGCUGGCUUGUGGUCUGGGUGGAAAAACAGUCUUGCCUCAUAUUAUUGUUACAGUACCACAGAUGUUACAGAAUGCUGACUGGAGAUAUCGUCAUGCUGGGCUGAUGGCUAUCUCUGCAGUUGGUGAAGGUUGCUAUAAGCAGAUGGAAGCAUUACUCCCCGACAUAGUUAACACCGUUUUGCCUUUCCUGACGGACACCCACCCCCGAGUACGGUAUGCUGCCUGCAAUGCAGUGGGACAGUUGUCAACUGAUUUUGCUCCAGGAUUCCAAAAAAAGUUUCAUAACAGAGUAAUCCCUGGGCUUCUUGUUGUUUUGGAUGACACAGCCAAUCCUCGUGUCCAGGCACAUGCUGCUGCCGCUCUUGUGAAUUUCUCUGACGACUGCCCAAAAACUAUUCUAGCAACUUAUCUGGAUAAUAUCCUGGCCAAACUUGAAGCUGUGCUGGCUUCCAAGCUGAGAGAGCUUGAGCGUGGCGGUAAACUCGUUCUGGAGCAGGUGGUCACCACCAUUGCUACAGUGGCAGAUACGGCAGAAGAGAAAUUUCUUCAUUAUUAUGAUCGGUUCAUGCCAAACCUGAAGUACAUCAUGCAGAACGCUCUAUCAUCUGAUUACCGCAUGCUGCGGGGAAAAACCAUUGAGUGCAUCAGUUUAAUUGGUUUGGCUGUAGGAAAAGAGAAAUUUUUGCCUGAUGCUAGUGAAGUGAUGCAGUUAUUACUGAAGACUCAGACUGAGAUGGAAGAGCUGGAGGCUGAUGAUCCUCAGAUUUCCUACAUGAUCUCAGCCUGGGCCAGAAUGUGCAAGAUUUUUGGCACAGAGUUCACUCAGUACCUUCCCCUCGUGAUGCCCUCAGUGAUGAAAGCUGCAUCCAUCAAGCCUGAAGUAGCAGUCAUUGAUGCUGAUGAUCCAAAGAGCGGACAGUAUUCUGAAGAUGAAGGAUGGCAGUUUAUCACGCUUGGUGAUCAGCAAAAGUUCGGCAUCAAGACCGCUGGCCUGGAAGACAAGAGCACUGCAUGUCAGAUGCUUGUGUGCUACGCCAGAGAACUAAAAGAAGGGUUCGCUCCUUACACAGAACAAGUCGUCAAACUAAUGGUCCCCCUGUUGAAAUUCUACUUCCACGAUCUAGUGCGCACAGCUGCUGCAGAAUCUUUGCCGUAUCUGCUGGAGUGUGCAAAGAUUAAAGGGGACGGAUACCUUCGGCAGAUGUGGGCCUUCAUGUGCCCGGAAGUGUUGAAAGCCAUGAGCGCGGAACCGGAACCGGAAGUUCAAAUUUUGAUCAUGGACGCUCUGGCACGGUGUAUAGAGACUUUAGGCGUGGGCUGUAUGACUCCUGAUUAUUUCACUGAGCUUGGCACCAUGCUGCAUGAUAUUAUAGACACUCAUAAAAACAGACAGGUCGAAAGACAGCAGAGAAGAAAAGAAGAAGAUUACGACGAAGAAGUAGAAGAAGACUUGCAAGACGAGCACGAGACGGAUGUGCACAUCUUAAGCAAGGUUUCCGAUAUUAUGCACGCGUUGUUCGGCACCCAUAAAGAAGCAGCUUUGCCUUUCUUCGAGCAGCUUCUUCCCGAUUUUCACUCGUUAAUACUGGCUCCCGGCGGAUCCGCUCAAGACAAACAGUGGUCUUUGUGUGUCUUUGAUGAUGUCAUAGAACACACUGGGUCUGCAUCAUUUAAGUACCAGGACUAUUUUCUGCGACCGAUGAUGAAUUAUGUGUUAGACAGAAAUGCUGAUGUUAGACAGGCUGCGUGCUACGGAUGUGGGGUGAUGGCGCAAUAUGGAGGAGAGGAAUACAUCACGGCUUGUACAGAUGUAGUCCCAUUGCUUUUCCAAGUCAUCAACGCCGAAGAUUCCAGAAGUCGAGAAAAUGUGAAUGCGACAGAAAACGCCAUUUCCGCCGUGGCAAAAAUAUGUAAAUACAACCGUGGAAACAUCGCGCUCAGUGAAGUAAUCCCGGCAUUCCUUGCGACACUGCCGAUAACGGAAGACAAAGAAGAAGCACCUCACGUGUAUGGAUACAUCUGUGAUUUGAUCGAAGAAAACAAUCCUCUCGUUCUGGGUACGAAUAACAGCAAUUUGCCGCGAAUACUUCAAAUCUUUGGUGACUUGUUUGUGAAUGACGUUCUAAGCGAUGACGAGGCCGCCAGGAAAAGAGUUCUUGCAAUUAUACGACAAAUACAAAGCGCUGCUGACAUGUGGAAGGCUUGUCUCGGACAACUCAGCGAGCUCCAACAGGAAGCUUUGAAACAAGCGCUUGAGGUUGAAAGCUGACUGAAACCGCAACCUUAAACGCGUGCGAGAUACCCAGGUGUGCAGAUUUCUCACAAAAACCGAGAGAGAACCGCGUCCCACCAGCAGAGAUUUCUUGAGCUCUUUGCAUGAAAUGCACCAUAUUCUGUUGACCCCCUGCCAUGAAUACUGAAAGGUUAUGAUUUUGUAUCGAGUGAAAACAAAACAACACGACAAAAUACACCGAGGUGGACAGUGUAGAACGGUGACAACUCAUCUUGUUUUUCUAUAUUUGGAUGGCGACUGUGGACGAUGAAAUCAGGAAAAAAGAUACCAGAGAACUAGAGGAAGUGUAAUGGAGAGAAGUGCAGAUAGGACUGAGAUUCCAAUAACAAGAAGGAAAAAGAAAAAAACAAUAACAAGAGAAUAGAAACCGAGAAAUAGAUGUGUGGAAGUAAUUCUAAUUGUAAUAAUUUAAAGCGACUUAGGCAUAGAAUGUUGUUCCUUCCUUUUUAACCCUUUCAGACUCAAGCUUGGAAGAUCAAUUCUCCUUACCAAGCGCCUUACAUUUCUUUUAAUCUAGUUUUGGGAAUUUGGCGGUGUAUCAGGACAAUAUCCCAUUUGAUUAGCUUUUUCUUCAAUUCAAAGGAAUGUCUGCUGUUAAAAAAAAAACAAAAAAACAAUAGAGUUGAUACUGGUAAGAGAAGUUAGAUAUCCAUCAGUCUUGGAGCCCAAAAGGUUAAAUAAGAAUGUUUCAGUAAAUAUGAAAAUAUCUAA